CGCGUUCAUUCGAGCUUUGCCCGGUGAGUGCGCCACUGUAGUGCUAGUGUGGAAUGGAAACAUGGCGGUCGGGAGUGUAGUGUGUCGUUCUAAUGUGCAUUUUGUGAUUGAUUUUAACCGUGUUUUUAAUUUUACCAGCUUACUUGGAUCGGGAAAAUUACUCGAGACUCAUGUUCCUUCCCGGCAGCUACAUUCAAACUACUCUUUGGUGGGAUGCUGGACCAGAAGACCUCACCAUUGUCGACACAUGUCCAGCUCCAAGGACGACAGAACAAACACUCCCGCCGCCGACCCCGCCCCUGUACAGAGACUACCAGACCCCGCCGUGCUGACAGGAGUUCGUCAUUUGGACAACUUGGAAUAUUGGGAUUCCAAGUUGAAGGUAGAGUAUAGAGGAGGAUUGCCUCAAGUCACAGUACCACUACCCUCCAGGAGGGAACUUUGCCGCUUCACCCUCAGGCCCAUCAGCAACACUGUGGGAGACUUCCUGACCAUGCUGCGAGAUGAGGAUAAGGGCAUCGACAGGGUGGCCAUCUGUACCAAAGAUGGUGUUCGAAUAGCGUCUUCCAACUCGAUAGAAUCUCUCAUGGAAGAAGAUUUCAAGCUGUCAGUCAAUGAUAAAGAAUUUCUUGUCCAAACACCAGAAUUAAAAGAUAAACUUUCAAAGGAAGAAAUCAAGAGGUUAUCCAAUGUCCGGUCUUUAGUUAACCAAUUAUAUGAAGCACUAAAUGUAGAAGAACACCAACUGAAGAAGGAGAGGGAGCUGUUAACAAAAUUGGAGGAACUGAGGGUCGCAUUAGAACCCUUAGAAAAGAAAAGACAAGACCUUGAGAUGCUGGCGUGUAGACGUACCAACGCUCUGACGUGGGUCGGACUGGGACUGAUGGGAGUUCAGUUUGGGAUACUGGCCAGGCUCACGUGGUGGGAAUACUCUUGGGACAUCAUGGAGCCGGUCACAUACUUUGUCACCUACGGAACGGCCAUGGCUGCCUACGCUUACUACGUACUUACCAAACAGGAGUACAUCCUGCCCGAUGUCCGAGAUCGCCAACACCUCAUUAUCCUCCACAAGCGAGCUCGCAAGAUCGGACUCGACCUCGACCAGUACAACGCCCUUAAGGACGAAAUUGCUAAAACCGAACUCGACCUGACACGAUUGCGAGAUCCGCUGCAAGUUCACCUCCCUCCGAGAUAUCUCUCAGCUCUAGACAUGAAAACAUCUCCCCUCGAUAGACUCAAGUCUCUAUUGAACAAAGCGAGAAAAAAAUAACGUCUAUAGUUUGAGUGAACUGCGGAACGGGAAGAGAUGAUGUAACGUACUUAACUAAGGAACGAACGAAUCGAGAAAUAUCCUGAGUAUUUUGUCGCUUAAGCUGUAUCGAACGCUUUGAGUUGCGUUACUAAAAGACUUAAGUCACUCCUAAAUCUUAACGGAUUUUUAAAAGUAAUCAUAAAAUUGAGAUGAAAUUCAUUUAUUCCCUAAUGUGCUCCAAAGGCAUUGUGUUAUUAAAAUAUAAGUUUAAGUUUUAUACACUGUCAAGUCUCACCAAACAUAUAUUGAUUUUUAUAUUCUUUCAAUAGGCAUUGUCUCUUCCCCCAUACCAGAAUAUUUGUUUAUAUGCUACCCUUCUAUUAUCUGGUGAAGUAGUAUACUGUAUACUCGAGCUCUGUGAUCUUAUCCAGGACGUUAGAUCGUGUUUGUCUGUUUUCCUCUAUAAAUACUUAAUGCUUACCUUCUUCCCAGAUGUUUGCAUGUACAAACUGUUUACUCUGAACUGUUUAUAAACAAGCUGUAGUUACAAAAUGAUCUUUAUCAUUAUUUUCUUAUUUAUAUGAGGCUGGCUAUUCACUAUGAAAUGCACACUAUGACAAAUAAUAGCAAGACAAAUAUGUUUUUAUGGCUGUUUACAAAAAUACUUUUUUUUAUUGAUCCCCUUUUAGAGUAUUUUUUUACUGUAAACACAGCUUCAGCAUUGUGAUUGUCCUUGCAAUAUUCAAAUUUAAUCAUGUCGACUUUUCUACAUAGUGUGAAAUGUGAAAUCUUUUUUGUUGAAGGAGAUUAAUUUGUCUUUUUGGAAAGCCAUAGAAUGAUUGGGAUUUAUUGAUUACAACAUAAACAGUUUAAGCUACAAAAUAAAUUUAGUUGCAUUAUCUUUGUGAUUAACAUUAGUUGUGCCUUGUAGACUCUGUAGAGACAUAUCAAACCUACUCAUCUGUCCAAUGUCCUAAUCCAGCUGUUAGUGCAAAUGGUAACUCAAAUUUGAACGAAUAAUCAGAUGAUUCGGUUCCACUUAGGCUGCUGGGCAAGUUUAUGUAGGAUCUGAAAAUUGAACGCUUUUUAAAAUGACCUAUUAAAAAUGGAAACUAAAAAUUGUUAAGCCAUUAAAAAUAUGUAAAUAUAUGUUAACAAUUCAAUACACAUAUAUUUAUCCAGUAUUUUAAUAAUAGGAACUAAUUGAGUAUUCAUUCAUAUAAAAUAAUAGAAAAUGCAUUUUUACUAGUAACAAAUCAUAGCGUAAAAGCGUAAAAGGUUUACUGAAAGAAUCAUUUCUGUAACUAGUCAAAUAUACAAUACUACAAUGUCAUAUUAUAUAAGAAUUUACCUCCUUAUAGUGUUUACUGUUUAAGCAUUUAUUUAUGAAAGAACAUUUAUUUUCUUCAAUAUCUCUAACUUAUAAUUCAUAUGUGUGCUUCUGACUUGUAUUUAUUUCAAAUCAGCACUGAAUGCACAAGUUGUUUAUGUUAAAAUAUGUAAUUAUAAACAACAGGUAAUUUGAUUGUUAUCUAGAAAAAUAAUACAAUCCUAUAACAUUAAUUUUUGUCAUACUGCAGCAAAAACAACUGUUUUCAAUGUAUAAAUUGUGCUUCUAAAGUAACUAUUUUGCUCCUUAGGGAGUAAAAACCAGCUGUUGUAGAUCACGUCAGUUUUAAAUUUUUCUUACUUCUUAACUACGGUUGUAAGUUGUAAGCAAUCAGUUGUAUUAAUUGUUUUCAAUCAAUUCAACGCUUGCAAGACGAAGGAGCAUAAGUGAAUAUUAAUAUCAUUUUGACUUACGCCCCUUCGUCUUGCAAGCUACAAAUUGUUCAUUGUAGCCGACUGGAUUGAAUUUUGUUUACGUUGAAUCUAAUGAGAUGAAUGACACGGGAAGCCUAAGAAAUUCAAGAGAACUAUUGAUACAGAAUAUCAAUAGGUAGUUAGUUAGUAUCGAUGAAUGGACACACAACACAAUUGUGAUAGACAAAAUGGUUGAACAGAGCUGCUUGUUAACAACAAUUCAAAACAAGAUGGAAGUUAAUUUGGGAGCUUAUCUUUACAUGAAAACUAUUUUUGUUUUGUAACUAAGCUUGUUGGUGCAAUAUGACAAAAAAAUAUAAUCAUAGACUAACCAACACAAGUAGACUUUUCAUCCCAUUGUAAAUUUUGAAGUUUGUUUUUCGUGUCCAGUUCAUGUACGUCGACACUGAUCGGUAGUGCAGACAAACUUUUUUCUGUUAUUUUAGGGUUAAUUUCUUGAUUUGGUUAUCUAUCUAGGAGACCAGUUAUUGUUUAUGAUUAGAUCGUUUUAUUUGGUUAAACGAGGAUUUAAAUGACUCAAAUAACAAGAAACAAAUUGUAAACAAAACACGACCUCUACAGUGCGACGUACAGAACUAACAAUAUUAAUUGGCUUCAGCUGUUCCAUAAGGAUGACGAAUCUACCAAGGGAGUAUGUUUUAUCUAUGAUAUAGUUCAUCACAUGAGCAAAAAGUAUCUUCUCCACCCUUGCUUUCCUGAGCUUGUGUUGAAAAAAGUCACUUAACGCCCUAGUAAUAGCUAUUUUAUAUGUACAAGACUGAAGUACUGACCGCGUACUUGUGUUACUGUAACUCAGUAUUAGCCGCACAUAUGUGCUGAGUUAACUGAGAAUUACUGUGCACAAAAGUGCUGCUCAUCAAAAUUAAUUGUGUUAUCUCUGAAAAAAUAAUAUGUUUUAACAUUUCGCUAGAGCACAAACUGUCUUUUAAAUGUUCUCCUAUUAACGAGUAUUUAUAUGAGGAAGCAUGUAUAGCUGUGUCAACUUCGGUCUUGGUAAAUUGAAAUCUUUUGUAGCUUCAAAAUUAAUCCGGCUUCUAAUUAUUCCAAUAAUAAGUUAGUCCAAAAUUGAAAAGUUCUUUUUAUCCUGAAAUUAGCAAACAAGUUCAAUAACAUACCAUUUCUACUGUUACAUUUUUGUUUACAAGUCUAAAAACGUGAACAAAAAUUAUGUAACGUAAGUGUUAAGCACAAAAGGUAAUACUUGUAUUCUUUGUUGGGUCUUCUCUCAAAGUGAUUGUUACUUUUCUCUCUGGUGCUUGUUAUACCAAAAGGUCUUGUUCUGUAAAAUAUUUGUCGGUAAGAGUUGCCAUGAUGUACAUUUUGUAAGAUUCUUUCUCGAUGUUUAAAUAAUACAUAGUAGUAUUUAUUAACUUUAUACCAUUAUAGACUAAUGACUCGGAGAUAUAUCAACAUAAUGUAACUAGAGGACUGGAUUGUACGACCAGGUAGGACGUUAGUUCGCUUUGCUCAAUGCUUGAUCGUUUGUGAUUCUCGCUGCCAUUUGACCACAAGUUAUCUGACAGUUCGCUAGUGCUAUUUUUUCUUGUUAUUACCGAAUCCCGUGAUAUGGGUCGUUCCGUAACAGUGUAAAAAUGUGUUGUUAAUGCUGCCAGAUUUUAUUUUUCAAUGGUUUUAUUAGUUUGUAAUUUCGGAUUUCACGAAAAUGUUGUAGCACAAAAUGAAUGGUGUUAUGAAACGUUUGACUGUGUUGGAAGUACAUAAGUGAUUUAUGUAUAUGAUAAUUUGUUGUAGUCAAAGAAAUGUAAAGAUUUAUUUUUGUUUGUAAUUAAUUAAAUAGCUAGUUGUAUAUUUUCAUAAAAUCUUUCUUCCUGUGUUCACGAUAUAAAACUCUGUAAUUUUGUUUCUAUUUCAAAUCGGUUAAAAGAUGCAAGAAAAGGUUAACUAAAUGAAUAUUAACAAACUAUAUUUAUGAAUCUGCACUAUUGACUAUGGGAGUCGUUAUAGAUUGACUUUAGCUUAGAGUAAAUUUAUAGUCUUCUAAAGAUAAUGUUAACAAAUACAUGGUAGUAGAGUAGGUCAGUAAAUGUUUUUGGAUUUUUAUACAAAUAUAUGUUUUAACUAAUGUUAUACAUUUGUGUCCAUUGUUGAUAUACUUUAUCUAAAACUUUUCCAAAAAGUGUAGUGUUUUAAUUUUGUCUCAUAAUUUUGAAAAGUUUUAUAAUUUAUCUGUCAUUAACUGGAGUCAGCCGAGUUUUGCCGUUUUCUCCUAGAGUUUACCUUUAUUUGUACCUUGGGCACAUUGCAGAUAUUCAACCGUAGAGUUUAGGCUUUUACAUGUACACUGUACACUGCUCUGCACAUUUUGACUUUCUAACCAGCUUCGGGAAAUAAUGUACAGUUAUGGCACAUUUUGGAAGGGGUUUUUAAGCUUACUUAGGCUUAGUGCGCACAAUCAAUUUUAUAAUUUAACUUAUCGAAUAUGUGAUGAAUUUAUUACUUAUAAGAAUGUUGUUAUUGUUGGUAUUGUUAAGACUAAGGUUUAACUAUCGAGAAAUCGUUUUCGAUUGAUAUAUAAUAUGAAUUUUUCCCUAGAAUGACAAAAAGUUACAAAAAAUUAUUACUACGAAUAUUUAACGUCGUAGCGACGAUGAUUGAGAGUUUUCUAAACAUAAAUCCAUAAUCUAUAUUUAAGUGAGAACAACUUUCCUGUUAUUGCAUAUUGAAACGUUCAAAUAAAAUUAUAUACAUAGCUAA